AUGCGAGUUGAAGUCGGAUCUGUGGACGAGCGAAGUUCUUCGGGAGCCAACUCUGUUACAAGCGACGACAGUUCGGAACGUACAGCUAAGAAGUCGGAAGUGCCACGGAAUGCAGCUCUGAGGUAUUCGUAUGAAUUUCUCCUCAAGCUUCAGAAGAGUAAACUUUCGAAGAAGCCACCGGAGUGCAUCGAUCGACUUCGUCAAGAAUGCAUUCUCCGAGAAACCUGGAGAUCAGAUAGGGAGAAAGACUCGGAAAGAGAUACUGAAUUCCCAGCCGCCUUAACCAAACCACCUCCCAGCUUUAGGGGCGGUUGUAAGGUCGAUAAGGCUGUCCUGUCGGAUAAUCCAAAUCCGGGGAGCAACAGCGUUAAGAAAUCAGCUGCCUCCAAAGGCGAGAGAAGAGUUGGAAGCGGCCGUUUGGGCUCGUACAACAAGGAUCGCGAAUCCGAUUAUGGCUAUCCACAGGAACGAUCUCGGAGACUGUUCGAUCAUCAAGUCAACGAACCGCUGAAGAGAAGCAACGGCCGAUAUGUGGACAUGAAUUCGAGCCGAGGACAUGCCGACGAUGAGCCCGAGUGGUUCACCGAGGGUCCGACGUCGCAGACUGACACCAUUGAGCUCGGUGGCUUCGAAGACAAAUCAAGGAAGGUCCGCACCCCGUCGCCUCCCGAAAAACCCACAUUUAACGUAGAUGGACAACGUUCGCAGGAGUUUGUGAACCUUCUGAAGGAGAUGUGCGACAUACCGAGCGGUACACGGAAGAAUGCCUCGAUCAACUUCGAGCAAUCUUUCGGCAACGGUCACGACGACGAGGAGCACAGUUUCGAAGACGAGGCCAUACAGGCCGCUUCGCGAGCCGGAUCUCGAUUCAUGUCUAAAGUGUUCGCGAAAACGGUCGAAGACGAUUCUUCGCCUUCGUCCAAGCCGGCCUCACCGCCAAUCAAUGCCAAAGACCUCGAGACGAGCCCUAGACCUGUACUCGAGCUGUUGGAGAACACAAAAGAGUCCACAUCGGUGUCUUCUCUGCUGAAAGAUAUGUUCCCAUCGUCCGGUGAGAGCCACCGAUCAGAGAGUGUUGCAAUCUCUUCCUCGGGAACAGCAUCGAAUUAUGAUUCCCCGGAGGGCCUUCAGAGCAGGAAUUCUCUCCAGAACGGCAACAUGUUGGGCUCCAUCUUUCCGACGCCUGUCACCAUGGGUUCGUCGACGACAGCUCCGAAGCUGUCUGCCCCUAAAAACGGUGUUCUCGAUGUUGAAAAAGGGGUUCAGGGCAAAAACAUUCUGGAGUUGCUCUUGAGCGGGGCGAAUGUCACCAACGUUCCUUCAACGCCGCAUUCCGCCAAAUCGGUGGAAGAACUCGAAGCUGAUCUGAAAAUGGAAUCCCGUCUCAUGCAGAUGACUUAUCCUGCGGGUCCUUCUUAUGAUCCCUUCCUAGACGGUCGUUCAAUGAUGGCACAGCUUAUGGGCAAUGGAGCCAUGGAAAGAUCGCUGGGCUUGCUGAGCGAUCUCCAGUCGUCCGUUCGGGAUAUCGGACAGGACGGAGCUAUCCAUCCGGGUGCUCCGUACAUGUCGUCGAAUUCGUCUGCGUCGCCGCCUCAACAGGUGUCGGCCUCUCAAAUUCCGGCUCAACAAGCUUAUCAACAUACACAACAACGACAGCAACAAGCAAAUACUACGCACAACAAUGCCUCGCUCGACAUCAUGAGACUCCUUAUGGAGGGGAGCUCGAUGCCGGAGAGGGAUCAGGGCAAGCCCUACAAGCAGCAGGACCUUCGGAACGUGCCCACUUCGGUCCUGUUGCAGGAGAAGCACGCGCAGCGCGGCAAAUCAGGACCCCAGGCCGGCGGACCCCGACCUAUUGUCAAGAGUAACAAGAAUCCGCCGCCUUGUCCUCCACCCACAGCGCCGGCUGAGACCGGUGAAGAUCUCCUCCAAAGGUUAUUCCAUCAGCAGCAGCACGAACAACAAUUCGCACAUCAUCAGUAUCAACACCAACAGCAUCCUCAACAACAAUAUCAUCAUCAUCCGUCGCAGCAAGCUCAUCAUCAACAGCAACAACAGCGAUUCCGUUCAUACAUGGCUGGGCCCCAAGGGGCCGUCGGCUUCAACGGCAACACGACCGCCCCGGCGCAACAUCAGGUGCGAAUGGCACCUUCACAACGUCGUCCCCUGACGGGAGGUCACGGCCAGCGGUUCCCCCAGGGCGGAGCUUUCACACUCGGAUCGGGCCCUAUAAGCAACCAUGCUGCUAACGUGAUGGCCCGGAGCUCGGAGAGCUCGAUCCUGAGCCCCGACGACGCCCUGGCAAAAUGGUUCGGCAAUCUCGGCUGCAAUCAGCCUUCGCUCCCGGUUCCCACCAAUGUACUCCGCGUCGAGGAGCUCGAACGCCAGAACAAUCGUCUCCACCAGGCGAAACCCACUGCCUAG